AAGCCAAGAAGCAUGCGCAAGCACCAGUUCCUAUAGUCUUCUUUCGUCGACGUAUUCUUUAUGCUUCCCCAGUACUCGACUCGAGGGGAAGGAUUCAAUUUGGGAUGAAGAACCAUGUUCUCAACCGGCUUCCCGCUUCCGAAUCUCUCGCUCACAAUGUACACAUACUGAAAUAUAUCUUCCCAAAACAGUUCGGCUUGCAUAAUAUCUUCUCGAGCUUGUCGGGUGGCCAGGACAUGCAACCCUUCAAGGACUAUGCAUCUCGUGAGGAAGAAAUCGCGAAUGCAGCGAAGCUGGCACACUCAAAGCGUCCUAAGGCAGACGAAAGCAAUCCCUUGAUCAAGGUUCCGAAAAGACUUCAAGGCCAAGCUAUUGAACUGGUGCAGCAAUUGCAGAACCGAAACAAGCACUGUUCAUAUGUGCAUUUACUCGACUAUUACUGUCCCUCAGAGGUAUGCUUCCGAUCCCUCCUGUGAAUGUAGUUAAUGUUUUCAGUGUAUUGGCCCGUGGAGACUCGGUCCUGAACCCCUUCAAGAUCCAAAACUGUCAGCGCCAGAAUCCUUGAUCACUCAGCCACGACUGCCCUGGCAGCAGUCCGCUUUGGAUCGAAGUAAUAAUCCCUUAGCAUCCUCAGAUGCUCAUGUGGCCCCA